AACCACAGAGUGGGAGUGCAACGGUCGACUGCGUCAUUUCUCGUAUCUUCUUAUUUAGGGUUUCCUCCAGCUUCUCUGUUCAUGAUUCAUCCCUCUCUCUCACUCUGGAGAUCCAAGUCUGCGUGAUUGGCUGUCGAGAAAAUGGUGGUGGCUAAGCUAACUUACGAGGAAUGCCGACGAAAAAGGCUGGAGGAGAACAAGAAAAGAAUGGAAGACCUCAAUCUCACCAAGCUUUCUCAAGCUCUCCUUACCCCUUCUCCCAAGGCCUCACCGAUGAAGCAGGUAAAGCCUCGUGUGGUUCGAGAACAAGUAGUCGCCGUAAGAAGGUCGGGUCGUGUAGCCAAGAAGCCCGCCCCAGAUUAUAAAGAAGUUUCAUACGAUCGUCUGGAGAUGCCCAGAAGGAUAUAUAAAAUUCAUAAGCGGAGGGACUUGUCGAACCGGGUGUAUGCUUCCGAUGAAGCUAGAGCACAUGCAAUAGGGAGAGCAGAAGAGCUGCAGGCGGAUCUGGAACCUGAGUAUCCAAACUUUUUGAAGCCAAUGCUUCAAUCACAUGUAACUGGUGGGUUCUGGCUGGGCCUUCCUGCUCACUUCUGCAAGAUGAACCUUCCAAAACGCGAGGACAUUAUCACUUUAGUGGAUGAAGCAGGUGACAAGUACCCAACGGUAUUCUUGGCCCGAAAGGCAGGACUCAGUGGUGGGUGGAGAGGAUUUUCCAUUGACCAUGAGUUGGUAGACGGUGAUGCUCUUGUUUUCCAACUAAUCAAGCCCACAGUAUUUAAGGUAAUGAUUGAACUCAUAACUAAACCAUACACUUUCAUCAGCAUCAUUUUUAAAUAUGGUUUGGUAUUUGAAGUUCAAUUUUGUGGUCUAUUUAAAUCAUCUUUCACACAUGCUCAGUAGCAUACAACAAUUACAUGUUUGAUCAUGAAUGCACAUGAUUUUGAGGUUGUGUAUUAUAAAACUGCCCAAAUUACAUUUAUGAAGAAUUGAAUGUUAUGCCACCACAUGCUAUUUAUAGUGGGGGGCUGUGCCUUGGGAUGCCAUCAUGGGUGAGAUGGCAUCCCAUGAUUGGUUGGAUUCUCAGGAUCUAACCAAUUAAAGAAUGCCAUGCUACUCGCUGUGGUAUUUGACGACAAACAAUAUUUCCAUUUGUACUUUUUUUUUUGGUAUAAGUUCUCCAUAAGGAAUAACUUUUGCCUUCCCCAACAUGUCGUAGAUAACCAUUUUGUAUUUGCUGAGUUUCUUUCCAGGUUUACAUUAUAAGGGUUAAUAGUUUUAAAAGGGAUGAACAGCUCUAAGACAUAAAAUUCAGAAGUUGGGCGUCAAAUGAAUCAUUGCAGCUAAUUGUAUGCUUCUGUACUUCCACAAAGUAAAUUGUAAUGCUAAUGAUGGUACUUCCUCAGCUUCCUUGUGCUUCCAUAUUCUCCCGCCUUAUGAAAUCCAUUUUUGAUUAGAAACUGGAAGGUUUCCACAGGGACUAGUAUGGACCGGAAUCUGAACUCUGAACCAGAAACUAGUAGCAGUAGCCUGUAGUGUAGCUAUUGAUGGGUUCUUGCCCACAAGUUGUACUGACAUAUAUGCAUAAUGUAAUCAGCUGAGCGGUUUGUUUGUGAUUUAUUUUGAGAUAGCAAACCAUUUGGUACAUUAAAAAAUCAAUUUUUCUUAACCUUA